GCAAAUUAAUUUCCUCAUCGAACAUCCAAACAUCACAUUCAAUUCGAAUCAGAAGCAGGCUGGGGUUUGGAGAGAGCUGAAAUGGAGAGUGGCUUGCCAUUCGCAGCGGCAGCAUCCUCGCAAUCGGCAACUCCUCUCUUCUUCUCGAAUCAUGCGUUCAUCCACCAGCAGUUUCCUUCCCCGUUAAUCACUAGAAAUGGCAAGAGCUCGAAGAAGCUCAACAAUGGCGGCAGAAGAAACCUCGUAUCAGUUAAGGCCCUGAACAGCUCAUCCAGGUCAGGUAUUACUAGUAGACGGACUCUUAGCAGCAACUGGGAUACUGUGGAUUUCUCCUCUUUCGCCGCUUCGGCUCCGCGGCUGCCGAGAUUCGAGGAGCUUGAUACUACCAAUAUGCUCCUCCGUCAGAGAAUCGUUUUUCUGGGUUCUGAGGGGAUAUUAUUUAACCUGGUGGUAACAUUUCUUAAUAACCGGAGAAGAACACUAAUUCUCGUUGCUGUCAGACAGGUUGAUGACAUGUCAGCUGAUUUUAUUAUAAGCCAGCUCUUAUUCCUUGAUGCCGAAGACCCAACAAAAGACAUCAGGAUGUUUAUCAACUCACCUGGUGGUUCUGUCACUGCUGGAAUGGGAAUUUAUGAUGCAAUGAAAGUUUGCAAGGCUGAUGUUUCAACCAUAUGUAUUGGUCUGGCUGCAUCUAUGGGAGCAUUAGUUCUAGCUGGUGGCACCCAAGGCAAGAGGUUUUGUAUGCCGAACGGUAGAGUCAUGAUACAUCAACCACAUGGAACUGCUGGAGGCAAAGCAUCUGAGAUGAGCAUAAGGAUUAGGGAAAUGAACUAUCAUAGGAUUAAAAUCAACAAGAUAUUGUCCAGAGCCACAGGGAAGCCAGUGGAGCAGAUUGAAGUGGACACUGAUCGUGAUAACUACAUGGACGCUUGGGAAGCUAAAAGUUAUGGGUUAGUAGACGGCGUAAUUGAUGAUGGCAAGCCAGGGCUGGUGGCACCUAUUGCAGAUGCUUCUCCUCCGCCAAAGACCCGAAUUUGGGAAUAUUGGAAAGUUGAAGGGACUAAGCAGGCCAAGAAGAGUUUGCCAUCAGAACAUAGAAUUUUGCAGAAGGCAUAUAGUAACGGGGUUCUGGGGGCCGAUGAAAACGAGGGAAAUGAGAAGGAUGAGCCUGCUCCUUCAGAGUGAGGACUAUCUGAAUUGGGUGCCUAGGAAUUGAUACCCUUGUAAUGUUGAUGCCCCUAAGGACGAAGGCCUUUGUGGAAGGCCGCAGAUUUAUAGAAGGUGAACAUGAUUAUCUUCCUUGCCCUAGAGGAAGCUCUGUUCAUUUAAGGAUCUGGGAGAAUGGCAGUGCCGCUAGAUGGGCUUGGCUGGGAGUUACCAUCUACGGUGAUCCCGAACUUUACAAAAGACAUUGAUCAUGAUCAUGAAGUCAGAUGGUUGACUUCAAUAUAAAAAUAUAACAACUGUUGAACUGCCAGUUUAUAAUAACGUUGCUAAGGGUUUGUGAAAUAAAUCACCAGAAGACCAGUUUGCUUAUUCGAUUUGUAUCAAGGAUU